AUGCACCCCAACGUCGCGACAAUCGACGACUCUUCCAGCAGAAAAGGUAGUGAUGAGGCGCUACUGGCCGUGUCGAUACAGAUGGAUACCAUUGCGAUCUCAGACAGUGACGCACCGCAGCGCGGCGGACUGCCAUUGGGGUCAGAGGCGGAGGAGGAGGCGCUGCUGAAUCAACCUACUGCCAGCACUGAGACGACGGUGAAAGAGUCUUUGGAAACGGCUUCUUCUGCUCCACCAACAAAAGUGUUGUUUCUGGAUGGUGUGCGCGGUCUCGCGGCCAUGCUCGUUUAUCUCCAGCACUCGCACGAUUAUUCGAAGGGUCUUCAUCCUGGAGAAAUUGGUGUCGAUAUCUUCUUUGUGCUUUCCUCGUUUCUCCUGACGUGGCUGUUCAUGAAGACGAGCAUAAAGCUGCUUGCGCAAGGUGCGAGCCUCCGCACGUGGAAGUAUGUGCUUGCUGACUACUUUCAGAAACGGUUCCUCCGGGUGUACCCCCUCUUCUUCGUCACCGUGAUGAUCCUGGCACUCAUGACGCCCAAAGACCAGAAGUUUUACUUCACUUCCAAACGUCCGCCUCUUGACAUCUUCAAGACACUUGUAUUCGAUUUCGACUAUCGCUACCACGUGUUCUGGUCACUGCCGCUCGAGAUCGCGUACUACUUCGUCAUUCCCGUAUUCGUCUUGAUUGUGUUGGGUAUGCGUCGGAUGUGGUUGGUUGGUGCACUGCCAUUGACUGUGUGGGUGGUCUACGAGGGUUUCUGCACGAUUAGAAAGCAUCAUUCGCCCCUAAGACCUCACAUAUCGACGUUCUUGACAGGUUCGUUGGCAGCGUUGGUGUUUGUCAAACUGGAUUUGUGGAUGAAAAAGGCGGAGUUUGCAUUCCGCUGGUGGCACACAGCAUUCGUCCGAGCUGUUGAAGGGUUGACGAUCGCUGUCCUGCUCAGUGUGUCGUUUCGUGGUUUGCUGUUUGACUGGAUUCACGCGAAUCCGACGCCUGCAACACGUGGAGCUCCGUACACCAGCGGGCUUGUGUCUGUGCUUAUCGUGAUUGAGAUGGUCCAACCUUCCUGGGUGUCGGCGGCGUUCGAAUGGAAUGUGCUUCGCUAUUGGGGCAAGAUUGGUUUUUCCAUCUACCUCAUGCAUCCGUUCGUGGUUGAGAACACUCGGUCUAACAAUGAACCGUAUUACUAUAAUCGGCUAUUUUCCCGAUUGGUUCUCAUUACGAUCGUUGCAACGGUAACGUACUACCUUGUUGAGUAUCCGUCGUCGUUGCUAGCGCAGCGCAUUUCUAAGUACCUCAAAGCUCGAGGGAGCAACGCUUCGGCCUGUUGA